GUUAGGGUUUAGUUCACCCCUAAAACCUCUCUCCACCUUCAUCUUUUCCAAAUCAAACACGCAUGAAUUCCACCUUCCUUUUAUAUGUAGUAGUAAUAUCAUUAAUUAAUGCAUAGAAGAUAUAUAGAGAUUAACAUAUAUUUACCUUAAUUACAUUUAUUUUUAUAUCAUUAAGGUGUACAUAAAUACACACUGUUCUUAAUCUUUCUCAUUAAUCCUUCUAGGGUUUCCUCAAUUUUUUGUUCUUGUGGCCGGUUCUUGUCUGGGUUUUCAACAGUCUCCAGUAAAGUUCUUUGCUUUUUUCACAGAUCCCUUCACAAUGUUUCAACAUCCUUUUAAUGGUGGCAACAAUGGUGAAGGUGAACUCUUUCCUCAACAAAGUGGAUCAAACUUCCAGUUUGAAGCCACAAAUAACAGAUCAAGAAACAACUCUGAAGUCAACAUGAAUCCUACAAAGUCAACAUCUUUACGCCCCGCGGGUCAAAGAUCCACCUUCUCAAACAUCCCUGUGAAUAGAGGAACCACCCACAUAUUCUACAAGACUCGAAUGUGCCAGAAGUUUCUCGAUGGAAUCUGUCGUAACGGUGACGGCUGUACGUUCGCUCACGGCCCAAACGAUUUGCGCGAACCGCCUCCGAACUGGCAAGAGCUUGUGAAGGAUAAUAGAGGAGGAAAUGCAGGUGGGAAUUGGAAUUGGAAUGACGAUCAGAAAAUCAUUCACCGAAUGAAGAUUUGUAAAAAGUUUUAUAACGGUGACGAAUGCCCGUAUGGAGAAAGGUGUAAUUUUCUCCAUGAAAGUCCUGCUAAGUUCAAGGCUGAAGCAGGCGUGGACGGUGGAAGAACGAGAGAGAGUUCCGUGAUCAACAUUCGGACUGUCGUUGACCGUGGUCAAAGUCAAACCGAGGCGGGUCAAGACUGUAUUACCAUUGGUAAGACCGAUCAAGACGCUUCACGAGGUUCUGUGAAGACGAGUUUUUGGAAAACUCAAAUUUGUGGCAAAUGGGAAAUGACUGGCCAAUGCAUAUUUGCAGAGAAAUGUCACUUUGCUCAUGGGCUUGCAGAGCUACAGACGGGACGUGUGGAGGGUGACAGGCAUCAUUAUGGUGGUUCGGUUGCAGCCCACAUGGUCAGCGGUCCCAUCACCGAGCCACUGGCUACUGCUUCAGCGACUGCUGUUCCUGUCGUACGUCGAGGUGUAGGAAAGGGGUUCUUGAAAUUAGCAAACAAGAAGCUGAAUCGGAUAUACGGAGACUGGAUUGAUGAUGAAGAUGAUGAUUUGAGUUAACUAUGAGCCUGAAAACUAGUGAAACCAAAACAGAGUGAUCUGUUUAGAUAUGGGAUUUCAUCCACUUUUUGGUAGUUCAAAGUUUGAUGGUUAAUGGAUGAAACUCAUUUAUGUUUCAUAUAUAUUGCCCUUUGCCAUUGAUUCUUGAAUAUUUUAGAUGAUUUAAUUUUAUGCUUGAAUGAGUUUGACUACCAA